GCCUGAUUUUGCGGUGGAAAAAAAGUAUAUGCUCAUUUCAGCAAACAACUUGCUUAGAGUAGCCAACGCAACGUUCAGAUAUCGAAAUUAAAAGUGGUGAUAAUGUUUCUGACGACUUGUAAUCGCACAAUCUAAUAUUACUUGUGGCAUGGCUGUGUGAUUCAGUGAACAUAAUCGAACGGCGAUUUUCAGAAAUACUCGUUGGUCGUCCUUGGGAUUCCAUUUUUCAGAUACAGCUGAGACGAUAACAAAAUGGACGAGAUGAAAGACCCUGGUAUUGAUAGGAAAAGAAAACAUCCUAUGAACAAAGGAAAUAUACUAUUCCAGAUGUUUUACUGGAUGUGUCAGCCCAUACUGAUGUUCAAAUUACUCACUUUUUUCCAAAACGACGACCUACAAAAAAAUAAAUGGGAGGUAUUUGGGUAUGGAGUCGUUAUAGUAUCAACAUCUUUGAUAAGAACCAUAUGUUUACAUAACUACCAACUAUUGGUCAUGACUUUAGGCAUGAAGGUCCGAGUAGCAGUAUGUUCACUAAUCUACAGAAAAUCUCUGAAGUUGAGUAAAACAGCUCUGGCCGAAACAACCAUUGGUCAGAUGGUGAAUUUGCUGUCCAACGACGUGGGAAGAUUUGAUUUUGCAGCUCAGAAUAUACACUAUUUAUGGAUUGGUCCGGUGGAAACUGUAAUAAUGAUGUACCUGCUGUAUAUUUACGUUGGAAUCAGUGGGAUUGUUGGAAUAUUUUUUAUUGUGGCGUUUCUUCCGCUGCAAAUCUUUAUGGCCAAACUGGUGUCCAAAUAUAGAUUGAAAACUGCCAUCCGCACAGAUGAGAGAGUACGACUAAUGAAUGAAAUCAUUUCCGGCAUCCAAGUCAUCAAAAUGUACACCUGGGAAAAGCCGUUCAGCAAAUUGGUGGAACUUGUUCGAAAGAAGGAAAUCGAUCAGAUCAAAGCAACAUCCACAAUUAAAGCCCUAACAAAAUCUUGUACUAACGUCCUGAGUAGAAUUGCCGUAUAUCUCUGUAUCUUAACGCAUAUCUCAACUGGGAAUCCUCUCACUGCUACAUACAUAUAUACACUUGUUUCAUUCUAUGGAGUGCUUAAACUUUCCGUUACCGGGUUCGUACCUCAGGCGAUGACACAGUUUGCUGAAACGCGAGUUUCAGUAAAGAGAAUCAAGAAGUUUUUAUUAUACGACGAACUCCCAGAGAAAUCAAUAACCACCAACGCCUCAGUUAAUGGACUCAGUACAAAGCAUGGGAACGAAUCUAGAUAUGGUGGUAUUCGAAUAAGCAUGAACAAUGUUACAGUGAGAUGGUCGGACUCAUUUCCUGAAGAUACUUUACACUCAGUUGAUUUUGAUGCUACCUCCAACCAGUUGGUGGCUGUUGUAGGCCCAGUAGGUGGUGGAAAAACAUCUCUACUCAACGUGAUAUUGAAAGAACUACCUCCACGUUCAGGUACUUUGGAAAAUGAGGGAACCAUUUCUUAUGCUUCGCAAGAACCUUGGAUUUUUGUAGGUAGUAUAAGGCAGAAUAUCUUGUUUGGACAAGCUUACGAACCUAAGAAGUACGGAGAAGUUAUAAGAGUGUGCGCUCUUGAGAGCGACCUCGUUAAAUUUCCUCACGGAGACAGAACCCUUGUAGGGGAGAGGGGUGUCACCCUCAGCGGGGGUCAAAGAGCUAGAAUCAACUUAGCCAGAGCGGUAUACAAAGAAGCAGACAUUUAUCUCUUGGAUGAUCCUUUAUCAGCUGUAGACACUCAUGUUGGCAAACAGCUUUUCGAAGAAUGCAUCUGUGGAUACCUUAAAAAUAAAUGUGUCGUUUUGGUAACACACCAAAUCCAAUACCUCAGGAGUGCCCAUUGUAUAUACUUACUUGAAGACGGUAGAGUCCACUUCAAAGGUACUUACGAAGAGUUGAAAACUUCUGAGACACAUUUUAUGAAGCUUCUGGCCGAAUCCAAAAAAGAAGUGGAAGAAAAUGAGGAAGUUCUUGCAGUAGAGAGUAUUCACCGAGAAGGCAAUAUAUCAGAUGAAACGUCGCCUAUGAUUCCUCAGAAGGAAAAGGUAGCUUCUGGAAAUAUUACUUGGCACGUAUACAAGAGUUACUUGAGGGCUGGGGGAAGUUGGUUCAAAAUAGUUAUGCUGCUUUUAGCGUUUAUAAUGAGUCAAGGACUCGGCAGUAUGAUUGACUGCUUUUUAACCAUAUGGGUCAAUUCGGAGCAAUCAAGACACCAGCAGAGCAAUAUAACAUCAUUGUCAACAGCAUCUGUUAUGAAAAAUGUAUCCGAGAAUAUUGUAACAUCUCCUUACCGAUCUGAAAAUUGGUGGAAUUCUAAUCUUACAACGGAAAUCUCCCUCAUUAUUUACAGCUGUUUACUCAUGUUGAGUGUAAUCAUAAACCUAGUGAGUGAAAUUGCAUUCUUCAGAUGUUGUAUGAAGGCUUCAGUCAGGUUACAUAAUUCAAUGUUUAGCAAGAUCAUACACUCAUCUAUGGGAUUUUUUAAUACAAAUCCGUCUGGGAGGAUUCUGAAUAGAUUUUCGAAAGAUAUUGGAGUGGUAGAUGAAAUUUUACCCUUAACUAUCAUUGAUACUAUUGAGUUUGGAAUGUUGGUAGUGGCCGUAAGUUUUAUCAUUGGCAUACUCAAUCCCUGGAUACUGCUCCCAACUACAGUUAUUCUCAUUAUAUGUAAUUUUCUGAGGAAAGCAUUUCUUGUUUCGAGUAGAAACAUCAAACGUAUCGAGGGUAUAACACGCAGUCCAGUAUAUACACAUCUAGCUGCUUCUCUUCAAGGUUUAUCGACUAUUAGAGCAUUUGAAGUCCAGGAAAUCUUAUCCAAGGAAUUUGAUAACUUGCAAGAUUCGUACACCUCAGCAUAUUUCAUGUUUUUGAGCGCAAACAGAGGAUUUGGAUUCUGGCUCGACAUUCACUGUGUCACCUACAUUUUUUUAGUGACAAUCAGUGUAUUUUUCAUUCAAAAUGAAUCAUUCGGUGGUAAUGUUGGACUUUCCCUUAGUCAAGCGAUGUCACUAGCAGGAAUAUUCCAGUGGGUGCUAAGACAAUGGAGCGAAACUGAGAACAAUAUGACUUCCAUAGAGCGGAUUCAAGAGUAUAUAGAUAUUGAACCAGAACGGGACUCUAAUUCAUUCAUCCCUCCAGAAUCUUGGCCAAAUUCCGGAGGCAUUGAACUCGUGAAUUUAUCCUUAAGAUAUUCUGCGGACGGCCCGUUCAUUCUUAAAAAUCUCGUUCUCGAAAUAAAACCAAAAGAGAAGAUUGGGAUAGUUGGACGGACAGGAGCCGGAAAAUCUUCUCUCAUUCAGGCUCUUUUUCGCCUGACAGACAUCGAUGGAAGCAUUUUGAUUGAUGAUGUGGAUACAAAAAACGUUCCCUUGAAAAUACUCAGAUCGAAAAUAUCAAUUAUUCCCCAAGAACCUGUUUUGUUUUCUGGUAGUCUCAGGAAGAAUUUGGACCCUUUUGAUGACUACAACGAUGAGAUACUGUGGAAUGCUCUCGAUCAGGUCGAACUCAAAACCAUCGUGUCUGAACUGCCAGAAGGUCUGAAUAGUGAAAUGGCCGAAGGCGGAUCCAACUUCAGUGUGGGACAAAGACAACUAGUUUGCCUUGCUCGUGCCAUAGUUCGCAACAACAAAAUUCUAGUUCUAGACGAAGCCACAGCAAAUAUAGAUCCGCAGACAGACUCACUGAUCCAGAGUACCAUAAGACAGAAAUUCGACAACUGUACAGUAUUGACCAUUGCUCAUAGAUUGCACACCAUCAUGGAUUCAGAUAGGGUCUUGGUCAUGGACGCUGGAGAAGUGAAGGAGUUUGGUCACCCACACUUGCUACUUCAGAAUGACAAUGGGGUCUUUCAGGGGCUGGUGAAAGAAACUGGAUCAGCCAUGGCCGCGAAUUUACGAGAAAUUGCAAAGCAAACUUCACAGAAUAUCUCAGGUACUUAAUUUUAUUCAUUGAUGUGAUUUAAUAAAUAUAUCUAUCAUU